AUGCUACGCGCCGCCAGCAACGGCCUCCGCAAUGCGGUUGCCGCCCGCUCCGUGUCGCUAUCCGCUGCUAAUUACAGCGAGAAACGAUCCGACAUUGCCCAGUACAAGGUCGUCGACCACGCCUAUGACGCAGUCGUCGUCGGAGCCGGAGGAGCUGGUCUUCGUGCCGCUAUGGGACUUUCCGAGGGAGGACUCAAGACCGCCGUCAUCACCAAGCUAUUCCCAACCAGAUCUCACACAGUUGCUGCUCAAGGAGGAAUCAACGCUGCCCUCGGAAACAUGAACCCAGAUAACUGGCGCUGGCAUUUCUACGACACUGUCAAGGGAUCCGAUUGGCUCGGAGACCAAGAUGCCAUCCACUACAUGACUCGUGAGGCCGAAAGAGCUGUCAUCGAGCUUGAGAACUAUGGAAUGCCAUUCUCCCGUACAACUGACGGAAAGAUCUACCAACGUGCCUUCGGAGGACAAUCCAACGACUUUGGACGUGGAGGACAGGCUCACAGAACCUGCUGUGUUGCUGAUCGUACUGGACACUCUCUUCUCCACACCCUCUAUGGAGCUUCCCUUCAAUACAACUGCAACUACUUUGUCGAGUACUUCGCUCUCGACCUCAUUAUGGAGAACGGAACUUGCGUCGGAGUCAUCGCCAUGGAUCUUGAGGACGGAACCAUCCAUCGUUUCCGCUCGAAGAACACCGUUCUUGCCACCGGAGGAUACGGAAGAGCCUUCUUCUCCUGCACAUCUGCCCACACUUGCACUGGAGACGGAACUGCUCUUACCGCUAGAGCUGGAAUCAACAACUCCGACAUGGAGUUUGUUCAAUUCCACCCAACUGGAAUCUACGGAGCUGGAUGCUUGAUCACUGAAGGAUCUCGUGGAGAAGGAGGAUACUUGGUCAACUCCGCUGGAGAACGUUUCAUGGAGCGUUAUGCCCCAGUUGCUAAGGAUCUUGCCUCCCGUGACGUUGUAUCUCGUUCCAUGACUAUCGAAAUCAUGGAGGGACGUGGAGUCGGACCAGACAAGGACCACAUCUACCUUCAACUUCACCAUCUCCCAGCCGAGCAACUCCAACAGAGACUUCCAGGAAUUUCCGAGACCGCUAUGAUCUUCGCUGGAGUCGAUGUUACUAAGGAGCCAAUUCCAGUUAUCCCAACUGUCCACUACAACAUGGGAGGAGUUCCAACCAACUACAAGGGACAAGUUCUCAACUAUUCCUCUGAAAAGGGAGAUGAAGUUGUGCCAGGACUCUACGCCGCUGGAGAAUGUGGAGCUCACUCCGUCCACGGAGCCAACAGACUUGGAGCUAACUCUCUUCUUGAUUUGGUUAUCUUCGGAAGAGCUUGCGCUAUUGACAUUCUCAAGAACACUUCCGCCGGAGUUGGAGUCCCAGACCUUCCAAAGAACGCCGGAGAAGCCUCCGUCGCCAAUCUCGACAAACUUCGCCACAACAACGGAGACAUCUCCACCGCAGAGCUUCGUCUCACCAUGCAAAAGGCCAUGCAAAAGCACGCCGCCGUCUUCCGUCGUGGAGAUAUCCUUCAGGAAGGAGUCAAGGUCUUGUCCAAACUUUACAAGGACCAAGCCCAUCUCAAGGUUGCCGACAAGGGACUCGUCUGGAACUCUGACCUCAUCGAGACCCUUGAGCUUCAGAAUCUCCUCAUCAACGCCACCCAAACCAUUGUCGCUGCUGAGAACAGAAAGGAAUCCCGUGGAGCUCACGCUCGUGACGACUUCCCAGACCGCCUUGACGAGUUGGACUACAGCAAACCAUUGGAAGGACAAACCAAGAAGGAGUUCAAGGAUCACUGGCGCAAGCACUCGAUCAUCAGAUCCAACAUCGAAACUGGAGACGUCUCCCUCGACUACCGUCCAGUCAUCGAUACCACCCUCGACAAGAGCGAGACCGACUGGGUGCCACCAAAGGUCCGCUCCUAUUAA